GACCUCUGCUUCUUGUUUUAGUCCACCGCUUGUGUAAAGCUCCCAGAAAAAAAGAAACCGCCCUUUUUCCCCGCAGAUUCAUCGUUGCUGUGCAACUACGCGUACGGAUAUACCGUACAGAUACGAACUGCCGACGUAUUUGUUUGUGGUCGGUGCGGUGCCGGAGCAGGAGCGGGAGCGGAAUCGGUCGCCGGCGAUAGAGGUUUUCGGUGUCCUGUUCGAUUUCGCCGUGGAAUGAGGGAAAUUGAGUCUUAGGUUUUCUCGGAGGUGUGGCUUGUUCUUCCAUGGCUAUGAGAGGCGUCGAUUUCAAGUGGUAUGAUGGAUUUUUCUUGUCAAUGCUGGCUACAAGUAUAAUAAUAGUGGCGAUCAAUUGGAAGCGGUACCAUUCUUGUGUAUACCCCUUGCACAUAUGGAUUGUGGUUGACUACACAACUGUGUUUAUCUUUCGGCUUUUGAUGUUUGUGGAUAAUGGGCUUGCUGCUGGAAUGGGAUUGGAUUUUGGUUGGCAGCAGAGACAUGCCCGUUUUUGUGGAAGAAUAGUCGUUCUUUCCAUCCUAGCUCUGCUGCUCUAUCCCUUUCUUUGGGUUUGGACCAUUAUUGGUACUUUAUGGUUCACUAGUGCACGAAAUUGUCUUCCAGAAGAAGGUCAAAAAUGGGGUUUUCUAAUCUGGUUGCUUUUUAGCUACUGUGGACUUGUGUGUAUUGCUUGCCUAUCUUUAGGGAAGUUCUUGGCAAGAAGACAAGCACAUUUAUUACGGGAGCCAUCUUUUUCAGAAUUUGGGGUGUUGGUUGACAUGAUUCGGGUGCCAGAAUGGGCAUUUGAUGUUGGUCAAGAAAUGAGGGGGAUGGGCCAAGAUGCUGCUGUGUACCAUCCUGGACUUUACUUGACUGCAGCUCAGAGAGAAGCAGUGGAGGCACUUAUACAGGAACUUCCUAAGUUCAGGAUGAAGGCUGUCCCAACUGAUUGCAGUGAAUGCCCUAUCUGUUUGGAAGAGUUUCAUGUUGGAAAUGAGGUCCGUGGUCUGCCUUGUGCUCAUAACUUCCAUGUGGAGUGCAUUGACGAGUGGCUUCACCUAAAUGUAAAAUGCCCAAGAUGCCGAUGUUCAGUUUUUCCAAAUCUCGAUUUAAGUGCUUUGUCCAAUAUCCAUUCUGAUUCGGAGAGGUCAUCCUCCAACAGCGUGACAGCAAACAGCUAUGUGAGAACACAAUCUUCUAGCCAGAGCUAUAUGCUGAGAUUGCAUGGGUUCCUACGCCCAGUCCGCACUGAAAAUGCCGGGCCUGGCAGUGUGAGUGAAGCAGAGACAGACACUGCUUCGCCAACAGUGGAAAACAGAGGCGGCAUUGGAGUAACAGCUACAGGUACGAGUGAGAGUAAUGAAAACGGGGAGUCUGUAGAAGUAGUGGUCGAACAUGUGUCGCCUAGGCAAUGACUUUUCUUCAGAUGGGGGGUUUGGUUUUAGUAUUCUAACUACACGGGCUGUGAGAAGAAUUUUGCCUGUUCUAGCCAUUGUUAACUGUUUCUACUCCGAAUUGUUCAUAGAACUUAGAUGAUGGUGUAAUAAUACACUCAUAUAACUCAAAAUCGAACAUUUCCUCUGCUUAAAUGUUAUAAUGAAGUGUGGAUUUUGUAUAACAAUAGCAUCCCAAUUCCCAACUGAAAGUGUAGUGUAUGAAAUUUCUGUAUUUCCUC